AUGUUCACUCAUAUGACAAUAUCGCCGUUUCUUAAACAAUGUUUCGUAACAGCGACGAUAUGUAUGAACGUGUUGAGCAACGGUGCAUCCUACGGGUUCCCGGCCGUACUCCUUCCACAACUCAAACUGCCAGACUCAACCAUACCCAUCACCAAGUCUGAAGAGUCUUGGAUAGCUUCUGUGGUAACUGUAGCUAUGCUCGUAGGCAACUUGACUAUGCCUCUAAUCAUGGACGUCUUGGGGCGAAGGAAGGCAACUUUUCUAAUCAUGGUCCCUAUAACAGUCGCUUGGAUUACUAUGAUAUUUGCAACUAAUGUCCAGCUAAUCCUAUUUGCUAGAGUGAUGCAAGGCCUGUCUUUCGGCCAAGUGGUGCCCAUCCGCGCCGUCAUAAUCGGCGAAUACACGAGCCCCAAGAAUCGUGGCGCAUUUCUCACCACAGCUACAGUAGCGCAAACUAUAGGCAUUUUUUUGGUGCAUCUACUUGGCUCUCUCAUGACCUGGCAGAGCACUGCACUCAUCUGCCUCAUGUUUACUGCUAUUAGCUUCGUCAUGACAUUUUUCAUCCCCGAAUCUCCCAGCUGGUUAGCGAGCAAGGGAAGAUACGAGGAAUGCAAAAAGCACUUCAGGAAGCUCAGGGGCGACGGCGAAGAGGCUGAACUAAAUGAGCUAAUACAAGCCAGGAUGGAACACAACUCUAAGGAGAGGAGCAUCACCUUCCGCAGCGGUUUAGAGAUUGUUAGGAAAGUUGAGUUCUACAUGCCGAUAUUGUUGUUUUUGCACGUUACUCUAAUGGCAUAUGUGGCUGGGGGGAUGAACUUGGCCGUUUACGGCACGACUAUAGUCUCUCUCAUCAUGGGACCAGAUGUGGACGCGCACUUCUGGCUCGUCGUAAUAGACGUUUUGCGUAUAGUCGCCAACAUCGUUGCGGUAUAUUACAUGAAGAUGUGCUUACGUCGUACUGUGACUUUCAGUACUGGGGGUCUAUGCUUGCUGGUUCAUGUGGCGAUUGUGGCUUACGUUAUUCUCGUCAAGAAUGGCAUAGCGACGUACGAUUGGGUGUGGAUACCGGCUGUACUGCUGAAUUUGCAGUGCUUCGCCGUUUCGUUGGGAAUACUGCCGAUAACCUGUGUUUUAGCGGGCGAGGUAUUUCCACUGGCGUAUCGGAGUAUCGGAAUAAGCGUCGGUAUGGCCAUAGCCACGGUUUUCCACUUCUUGAUUCUGAAGACCUUCCCGUACCUCAUACCAACUGUUGGCAUUGAAGGCGCGUACGGGAUAUACGCUUGCGCUAUUUUAUAUUGCUUAAUCGUCAUAUACUUCACAAUGCCAGAGACCAAGGGUCGCACAUUACAGCAGAUAGAAGACAGUAUGAAAGGAAUGGGUAAACAGAGUAAAAACAGUGAUAAUACAAAGUCUCCGACUCCAACGUGCUGUAUUUAA